AUGGCGGUUGCUCUACUGGUCGGUUCUGCUCUAACUCCGUGUGACUCUGGCACUUUCUGUGAGGAAUCGGCUGUAGAGGGUGUCGAGGGGAAAUGGCAUCCCCAUUUUGGCGAGCCUGUUGACGGUUUAAAGACCUAUAAGAUUGCUCAGGUUGCUGAACACAACAAGGAGGGCUCCACUGUAUGGGUUACGUUCAAGCAAGGCGUAUAUGAUAUUACGGAAUUCGUCGCAAAACACCCCGGAGGAAAAGAUAAAAUUCUCAUGGCCGCGGGUGGAGCUGUAGACGAAUUUUGGCGACUAUAUAGGCAGCAUUUACAACUGCCGGAAAUCAGCUUUAUGCUGGAGGAGAUGAGAAUAGGCAAUCUUGAUCCAGAGGAGUAUGCCCAAGCUAAUCUUGAGUCAGUGAAGAGUCUGGGGUGGAAUCCUGGAGCAAUUUCUAACGCCAUCUGGACCGGCCCACGGUUGAGGGAAGUAUUACAGUACGUUUAUGGUGAUAUGGGAGUACCGGAUGAGGUCACCACUGAUGGCCAUGUCCAGUUUUGGGGAAGAGAUGGUGAUGGUCAACACAAUUAUGGAGCAAGUGUGCCGGCCCCUAAAGUAUUUAGUGAUAAUGGUGAUGUUAUAUUGGCUCUUGAGAUGAAUGGCGAGCCGCUGCCUAUCGAUCAUGGCUGGCCUGUUAGAGUUCUUGUGCCGGGGUCGGCUGGAGCCAGGAAUGUCAAGUGGUUGUCUAGAGUGUGUUUGGAGUUGGAGGAGAGUCCAUCGUUCUGGCAGAAGAAUGAUUAUAAAUUUUUACAAGUGAGCUUUGAACACAGUGAGGACAAUGCGGAAGAUGCGGAGGCCCUGCAAAUGAUCAGAACGAGUUUGUAUGCAAAGGGUGAGGUCGCGGGUUCGAACCCCGGUAACGGCAUUUUAACUCGCUUUAUGUACGCUUAUUCUGGUGGUGGGCGGCGAGUCAAAGAGGUUGACGUAUCAAUCGAUGGAGGAAAGACCUGGAGUCAAGCGAUGAUGGAGGGGCAUCCUGAAGUGAGACAUGACCGCAAUUGGUCGUGGGUACUUUGGUCCGCGGUGAUUUCCAUACCACCUGGUCUCAUCAACGUUGGAACACCAGAAGAGGAGGAAGAGGUUGAAAUAAUCGUUCGGGCUUUCGAUGAUGCUAACAAUACUCAACCGGAGAGGUCCGCGACUAUCUGGAAUGUCCGAGGCUUGGUCAACAACUCGUGGCAUAAGGUGAAGGUUAGAGUCAGUCGGGAAAUGUGA